AUGCCGUACCCUACUUUAUUAUGCGUACCACAGACGCUGGCAGUAGUUCGCGCCUUUAAAUACUUCCGACAUUUUCUGUACGGACGUAAAUUUAAAUUGAUCACGGACUGCAAUGCACUAAGAGCUUCAAAGCACAAACAAGACCUUCUCCCUCGCAUACACCGGUGGUGGUCCUAUCUCGAAAAUUUUGAGUUUGACAUAGAAUACAGAAAAGGUGAACGAGUGCAACAUGCUGAUUUCCUUAGUAGAAAUCCGCUCUCGCUGAAUGUUAAUGUUAUGACAAGAAACUUGGAAUGGCUUAACUUUGAACAGCGACAAGAUUCCCAGCUGCAUCUUGUCAUAGACUCUUUACACAACGGUGUUGUCGUUCCAGGGUAUUUGCUUGAAAGUUACGUUCUUAAGCGUGAAAGAUCAGAUCCGAUUUUAGGUGUACAAAAAUUUGACUGUAGUACCAAAGUCCUUUCAGUGGAAUCUAAUAAACACAUACCACACUGCCCUCAAGCACCUAGGAUGGGAGAAAACUCUUCAUAA